CUUUUUGCCCUUCCUUCCACUUUUUCUUUCUUCUUCUUCUUCUUCAAAGAAAGUUUUCAAUUUAGAAGGGUUCAUCUCCAUGCAGUAGGUAGUCCCUUGAAAGGAAAGAAAGAAAAACAUACCUUUUAUUAACUUCUUUGUUUCUUGUUCAGGGUUCAUCAUUCGUGUUGUAAUUUCGUUAGAUUAGACCUUCCAUGAUUCGUUCUCCCUCAGAACAAAAAGAAAACCGUAAUUUCAGGAGUAUAUUUCUUUAUUAAAUUCACAAAUCACAUCGAAAAGGGAAUAUAGGUCUCUUCUCUCUGACGUGAUGUUCAUUUAAAAACAAAAAAAAUCAGAGUGCCAGAAAUGAUGGAGUUUGUCGCAAUCUUCGUAUCUGUAUCCAGAUUGAGAUGAUAAAAAAAGUCUGCUUCUUCAUCAUCAUAAUUCGCAGUUAUGAAUUUAUCAAAACCCCCCAAGCACAUUAGAUUUCUUGAUUGCUAUUUGAAUUCCAAAGUUCGCAGAUGUCUUUUCUUGAUAUCCAUUGCUCUCAUCUUCAGAGCUCUUUUUCUUCUUACAACCCCUCUUGCCUUCAAACACAACACCACCUUUGAUUAUUGGCUCAGCACUUCCUCAUUUUCUUCUUCUUCUCGUCUGGUUCAUGACAAUUCGUCUGGUGGAGGAAUCAGAAGUGACAAAUUCUUAGAGGUUCCUCAAAUUGCAUGGGGACUAAACAAUCAAAAGAUAGCAGUGGCAAGAGCUUUCCUAACCGCCAGAAUGCUCAACAGAACUUUGUUACUUCCUAGCUUAAGUGCUUCUUUGUUCUACAAAGAAGUCAAUCUCUUGCAAUCAGUCACUUUCGAUAAGAUUUUCCAGUUUGACAAGUUUAAUUCUCUCUGCAAUGGCUUUGUCCAAUUGGGGCGCUUCUCUGACAUUUCGAACAAGACCGAUGUUUUCGAUCUCAACAAGGGCAGUGGAAGAAAAUGGACAAUGGAGAGGGAUUUAGAUCAACUGAGAAAGGUUAAGCAAGACCCUAGUAUUGAUGGGUACGAGGUUAUUCGGAUACUUGGGAAGAAUCCAUUCCUUUGGCAUGAUCAUUGGCCUGUCAGAGAUUACGCCAACGUCUUCGAGUGCUUAGUAUUAGUUGAUGAGAUAACCCAAGAAGCUGAGAGAGUUGUGUCUAAGAUUAGAGAGAUUGGAAGUCAAGUGAUUGAAAGCAAAACAGAUUCAUUGUCGCGAACGCAGCAGCCUUAUUAUGUAGCUGUGCACAUGAGAAUAGAGAAAGACUGGAUGAUUCACUGCAAGAAGCUUCAACAGAGGAACAAUGUCACUCAAAUUUGUAGCAGUAAAGAGGAGAUCAUGGAACGGGUAGGCAAUAUUGUCGGCAUAAAUCAACAACCUACCGUUGUUUAUCUAGCAGUGGCGGACGAUCUUCUUGAGGAUGGUUCUGUUUUGAGUGGUUGGAAAGAAGGUCUCCUUCCUUAUGAGAAGAAAAAGUUGGGUGUUUGGGAUAUCUACAAAAAGUAUCCGUAUCUCAUUCAAUCGGCAAUUGACUAUGAAGUUUGCUUGAGAGCUGAUGUCUUUGUUGGUAACAGCUAUUCCACAUUUUCAAGUCUAAUAGUUCUCGAACGAAGCCAGAAAUUGCUUAGAUUGGGUGCUGUUACAGAGGGAUCAUCAUGCACUACAAAUAGCAAUGAAUCAGGUGGCAGCGGCAUAAAAUGGCCUUCAUAUGCAUACAAUAUAUUGGGUGAAUCGGGUGGACCGAAAAAAUGGAUGACAAAUAUGUCUGACACAAGUCUUCAGGCGAUCAGUUAUGGUUCUAAUGAUGUCUCCUGCUAAACAAAUGAAUUUUGUAUAGAUACAUAAACACACAGUUACUUCUUCCAGUAAGUGUCCAACAAUUGAGUUGGUCAUUCAGGCACUUGGUGGUUGUACCUACCAAAAGGUUUGGGGGUUGGAUACAUCUUUUCUCCGAAGUGGUAUAUUAUUAUAUACAGAAACUAGCUAGUCCACCACUGGUAGAGCUGGAAGAAGCAUGAAAUGAGUUUAGGAAUACUCCAGUACUUGGUUGUGCAAGUGAACAUACAUUAAGGUUUUUCAUGAGAAUUAAUCAGGUACACAUGUACAUAGUUAUUCUUUUUCAGUUGUACUUCUUUUUAAUAUUGUGUAUUGUCAUGAAUUCAUGACAAUAUUAGAAUUAAAAGUUACAAUGAUUUUGUGUUUACAGUUUUUACUACAAAGUCAUUAAUGGAGUUUUAGAUUUUAUAUGAAGUACGACUCCCUUCUCUUGUGUUUUGCUCAUUGAAUCAAGCAGGGAAGAUAAGCUGUCUAAUAAGGAUGCAUGAUAUGAGUACCUUCUGUCCUGGGUGAAGUCGCAGUUUCGAUUUAACAUGAACUACACUCCAUUUUUUUUCUUCUUUUAAAUCUUUCUUAGUUAUAUUAAUUGUAAGACUUUGAUAUGAAACAGGCUGCAACAGUAUCUUACAGUGCACCACCUUUGAUUAUGUACAUCUAUUAACAA